GAGCCCACCUGUUGUGAGCCUACCUGUUGCAUCAUGGCCUGCUGCUCCACCAGCUUCUGUGGAUUCCCCAGCUGCUCUACCAGUGGGACCUGUGGCUCUAGCUGCUGCCAGCCCAGCUGCUGCCAGCCAACCUGCCUCCAGACCAGCUGCUGCCAGCCAACCUGCUGCCAGACCAGCCGCUGUGGAACCAGCUGUGGUACUGGCUGUGGAGCUGUGAGCAGCCGCACCCGGGGGUGCCGCCCAGACUGCCGGGUGGAGGGCACCUGCGUGCCCCCUUGCUGCGUGGUGAGCUGCACACCCCCUACCUGCUGCCAGCUGCACCAUGCCCAGGCCGCGUGCUGCCGCCCAUCCUACUGUGGACAGUCCUGCUGCCGCCCCGCCUGCUGCUGUGAGCCCACCUGCUGUGAGCCCACCUGUUAA